AUGGAUUGGCUGGGGCAGAAGCGCGCGGAGAUGCUGAUGCAGGUGCUGCUGCUGGCGUCUGCGGUGGCGGCGUUCGUGGUGGGCUAUGUGCGCGCGGAGUUCCAGCUCAUGCUGCUCGUCUACGCCGGCGGCGUCGUGCUCACGGCGCUCGUCACCGUCCCAAACUGGCCCUUCUUCAACCGUAACCCGCUCAAGUGGCUCGACGCUGCCGAGGCGGAGCGCCACCCGCGCCCCCAGGUCAGCGCCGGCGCGGCGGCAGUGGGUAAGAAGAAGUCCGGGAAGAACAAGUAG